UUGUCUGCACACGUGACUGCUGAUUCGUCAGGCGAUGGCGCUAGAGAAGCGCGCUGCUUCUCCUCUAUGACGUACUUGUUUUAGAACUUCUGUUUCAUUCUCUGUUCUUCAAAGAGUUCAUGCAGCUAAUUUUCCAGUUGCAGUGAGUGUAAUAUUUGUUGUAGCCAGUUGGUUUGUUAUUAAAAUAAGGGAGUUUUUAGCUGUGUCUUUGAGAAACAAAUUACAGCGUUAUCAGGGUCUUUUCAGCACAUGUCUUUUUGAUUAACAACAUGGCUGCUGGAAACAUGAUGAAAACUGAGGUGUCAGUCGCUGCUUCUUUCAUCAGUGGUUUACUGAGUAGCAACUACUCUCUGACUGAAGAACAGCUACAGAUCUUCACUCACACACUCACUGAUGCUCUGCUAGAGCACUAUCAGCACCAUUGGUUUCCUCAUGCUCCCUGCAGAGGCUCUGGCUACAGAUGUCUACGGAUCAACCAUAAAAUGGACCCGCUUAUAGGAAAAGCAGCAGCUGCCGUUGGAUUUACACAAGAGCAGCUUUUCUCAUCACUUCCAGUAGAGCUGACACUGUGGGUGGACCCUUAUGAGGUGUCCUAUCGGAUCGGUGAGGAUGGGUCCACUUGUGUUCUCUACAAGUCCUCACAGCCACGACCUAAAAGUGCCACCUCAGCAGAUACAUCGGCCCACAGGAAGGAGAAACUAAAAACCAGACGGUCGAAUCGAUCAAAACGGUUCGACGCAAUGGGAAGGACUCUGUCAUGAGAGAUUUUGAAACCCUCACUCUGUGCAAAUUUUGCACUUGUUUAAAACAUUAAAGCAGAAACUGAAUGCAUCUUACAUAUGUCCACAAGGACAAAAAAGCAUCAUGAUUUCACAUCGGAUUAUGAUGUGUAAUAUUUCAUCUGAAACUAUUGAUGCUUACUGAUGAAAAUAUGUAUAAACAUUUGGACAUUUUCCCCCCAGCUAUGACAAAUGUAAAAAUUUGUUUAAUAGUGGUGUGGCAAAAUUUGCCACCAAAACCAAAC